GCAGAGUGGCGUGGCCAGGAGAGGGGAGGGAGAAGUGGGAAGGAGACAAAAACAACUUCCAAGCGGCGGGCGAGGCUCCACUCAGCAUCUGAGCUGGAGGGGUCUCUGGGUCAGCUGCUGGAGAGCUGCCCCAGUGACUCGGUUCCUAAUUGUCAGCUCCGUGGGCCUGCUUAUUGCGGAUCUAUCGUGGCCUCUGUGCCAGCGGCUGGUUAGGGCAAACGCCAACGAGCAACACCUCUUAAGCAUCCAGACCACAGAAAAGGAGAGAGAUCUCCCGAAGAAAGAGAAGCCCAAGAGGCGGAAAGGGCUCUAAGGAGCCCUGCUUCUCAGGGUUUCCUGAGGUGUUGGUGGAAACCUGUCACUUGGUCGCAAGUAAAACAUUGGCAAUGUCGGCUUGCCCAGAACCAAAUGGCCUUGUCCCCUUCACUAGAGAGUCUCUUGAACUUAUAAAACAGUGUAUUGCUAAAAAACAAAAUGAAGAACAUGAAGAAGAUUUAAAGCCAAACCCUGAAUUGGAAGUUGGCAAAGAGCUUCCACUUGGUUAUGGAAAACUUUCUCCGGGAAUGGUGUCAGAGCCCUUGGAAGAUGUGGAUCCCUACUACUACAAGAAAAAAAACACUUUUAUGGUACUAAAUAAAAAGAGAACGAUCUUCAGAUUCAAUGCCACUUCCAUCUUGUGUACAUUGUCUCCUUUCAGUUCUAUUAGAGGAACAACUAUUAAAGUGUUGGUACAUCCCUUUUUCCGACUAUUCAUUUUAAUUAGUGUCCUGACUGAUUGCAUACUAAUGUCCAUGAUUAAUUUGCCUCAAUGGGGACCAGCAUUAGAGCAUUCUUUACUUGGAAUUUACACAUUUGAAAUACUUGUAAAGCUGUUAGCAAGAGGCGUCUGGGCAGGAUCUUUUUCUUUUCUUGGUGAUCCAUGGAAUUGGCUCGAUUUCAUUGUAACUUCUUUUGAGCUUAUAACAAGAUAUUCACCUCUAAACUUCACGUUCAUGCUUGGAACCAUAAGAACAUUGAGAAUUUUGAAAAUUAUUCCCUUAAACCAAGGUCUAACAUCCCUUGUAGGGGUCCUGAUGCAUUGCUUAAAGAAACUCGUUGGCGUUAUUAUCCUAACUCUGUUUUUUCUGAGCAUAUUUUCUGUAAUCGGAAUGGGACUUUUCAUGGGCAACCUGAAGCAUAAAUGUUUGCGAUGGCCUCAAGAAAAUGAAAAUGAAACCCUGUACAACAGAACUAGAAACUCAUUUUAUAUUCAAGAAACAGAAAACUUUUACUAUUUGGAAGGAGAAAGCUAUGCUCUCCUUUGUGGCAACAGAACAGAUUCUGGUCAGUGCCCUGAAGGAUACGUGUGUGUAAAAGCUGGCACAAAUCCUGAUCAUGGCUACACGAAUUUUGACAGUUUCGGGUGGGCUUUACUUGCCCUAUUUCGGUUAAUGACUCAGGAUUACCCAGAAUUGCUUUAUCACCAGAUCCUUUAUGCUUCUGGGAAGGUAUACAUGCUAUUUUUUGUCGUGGUAAGUUUUUGGUUUGCUUUUUAUAUGGCAAGUUUGUUCCUGGGCAUACUUGCUAUGGCCUACGAAGAAGAAAAGCAGACAGCUGCUGAAAGAACUAAGACGACUGAAUCAAAAUUUCAACAGGCUGUGAAGGAACUUCAAGAAGGAUAUGAAGCAGCUGAGACCAAGAGCACACAAAUAGAAAUGACAAAAAGAUCACCAACCUUUAUGGAUACACCUCUGGAUGUGAUGGAAGAUGCUACUCCUGGGCAUCAUGAAGAACUUAAAAAAUCAAGGAAGAAAUGUUCUUUGUGUUGGUACAGAUUUGCUAAAACUCUCUUUGUCUGGAAUUGUUCUCCCUGUUGGUUAAAACUGAAAGAAUGCGUCCAAAAGAUUGUGAUGGACCCAUUCACUGACCUUUUCCUUACCAUAUGUAUAAUUUUAAACACAUGUUUUCUGGCCGUGGAACAUUAUCCAAUGGGUGAUGAAACUAUCAAUCUUCUCAGCAUUGGAAACUUGGUUUUUCUUGGGAUUUUUACAGCAGAAAUGAUUUUUAAAAUAAUCGCCAUGCAUCCAUAUGGGUAUUUCCAAGUAGGCUGGAACAUUUUUGAUAGCAUAAUUGUUCUGCUUGGUUUAGUAGAACUUUAUCUAGCACAUUUUGAAGGAAUGGCCUUUUUUCGACAAUUCAGGACAUUGCGGAUUUUCAAGUUGGGCAAAUAUUGGCCAACGUUUCAGAUGAUGAUGCAGAUCCUCAGUAGCUCACUGGUGGCCUUGAAAGAUUUGAUUCUGCUGUUGUUCAUAUUCAUCUUCUUUUCUGCUGUAUUUGGCUUGAGGCUGUUUGGUUGGAGUUACCAAGCAUGUGUCUGCCGCAUAGACAAAGACUGUGUGCUCCCACACUGGCACAUGUCUGACUUCUUACACUCCUACCUGAAUGUGUUCCGGAUUCUGUGUGGAGAGUGGAUAGAGACGCUGUGGGACUGCAUGGAGGUAGCAGGCCAGUUCGGCUGCUUUUCAUUUUACGUGAUGGUCAUUUUAAUUGGAAAUUUAUUAAUACUCUACCUGUUUCUGGCAUUGAUAAGCUCCUUUAGUUCAUACCAGGCUUCAACAACUAAAGAGAACAAUGAAGCCAAAAAUCUCCAGCUUGCAAUAGCAAGGAUCAAGAAGGGGAUCGACUAUGCUCUUCUGAAAAUGCUAUGUAAAAAACGAAAAGUUGCAAAAGAGGCAAUGGACCAUAUAAAUAAUACAUACGUUAAAGAGAAUACUUCCGACCAUACUCUUUCUGAAUUGAGCAACACCCAAGAUUUCCUCAAGGAUAAGGAAAAAAGCAGUGGUACGGAGAAAAACACGACUGAAAAUGAAAGUCAAUCACUUAUCCCUAGUCCUAGUGUCUCAGAAACUGUACCAAUUGCUUCAGGAGAAUCUGAUAUAGAGAACCUGGAUAAUAAGGAGAUUCAGAGUAAAUCAGGUGAUGGAGGCAGCAAAGAGAAAAUAAAGCAAUCUAGCUCAUCUGAAUGCAGUACAGUUGAUAUUGUUAUCUCUGAAGAAGACAUGGUCUAUGAACACGAACAGCAGUGUCUUAAAAACAGGUCUGGACGGAGAUCCUCACCUGGUCAAAUAAGUAAAGAAUAUAAGAAAGGAAAAAUGUGGCAAAACAUAAGAAAAACUUGCUGCAAGAUUGUUGAAAAUAGUUGGUUCAAGUGUUUUAUUGGCCUUGUCACUCUGCUCAGCACAGGAGCUUUGGCUUUUGAAGAUAUAUAUAUUGACCAGAGAAAGACUAUUAAAAUCUUAUUAGAGUAUGCUGACAUGAUCUUCACUUACAUCUUCAUUCUGGAAAUGCUUCUAAAGUGGAUGGCAUAUGGUUUUAAAGCCUAUUUUACUAAUGGCUGGUACAGGCUGGACUUCAUGGUUGUGAUUGUGUUUUGUCUCAGCUUAAUUGGCAACUCUCGGGAAGAGUUCAAACCACUUAUUUCCAUUAAAUUCCUUCGGGCACUCAGAGUUCUAUCUCAAUUUGAAAGGAUGAAGGUGGUUGUGAAAGCUUUGAUAAAAACAACUGCACCUGCUCUGAGUGUGUUUCUGGUCUGCCUCAUGAUUUGGCUGAUUUUUAGUAUCAUAGGAGUACACUUAUUUGCUGGCACAUUCUAUGACUGCAUUGACCCAACGAGUGGAGAAAGGUUUCCUGUAUCUGAAGUCAUGAAUAAGAAUCAGUGUGAAAGCCUUCUGUUUAAUGAAUCUAUGCCGUGGGAGAAUGCAAAACUGAACUUUGAUAAUGUUGGAAAUGGUUUCCUUUCUCUGCUUCAAGUAGCAACAUUCAAUGGAUGGAUCACUAUUAUGAAUUCAGCAAUUGAUUCUGUUGGUGUAAACAUGCAGCCUAAUUUUGAAAACAACAUCUAUAUGUAUUGUUACUUUGUCACCUUCAUUGUCUUUGGAUUAUUUCUGCCUCUGAGUAUGCUGAUCAGUGUCAUUAUUGCUAAUUUCAACAAGCAUAAAAUAAAGCAAGGAGGCCCAAAUAUCUUUGUAACAGCAAACCAGAAGAAACAGUACCGUGGGCUGAAGAAACUGGUGUAUGAGGAUUCUCAAAAACCAAUACCUCGCCCUAGAAACAAAUUCCAAGGAUUAAUCUUUGAUGUGGUCACACAUCAGGUUUUUAAUGCUGUCAUCGUGGUUCUUACCUGUCUCCAAGCCCUUUCCAUUAUGAUACAGUAUGAUGAACAGAGUCCACGAAUGGACACUGCUGUCUUCUGGAUUGACUGCAUUUUUGUUAUGCUGUACACUGUGGAAUGUGUCCUGAAGCUGAUCUCCUUUCAUUGUUAUUAUUUCACCAUUGGAUGGAACAUUUUUGAUUUUAUGGUAGUCAUUUUCUCCAUUACAGGACUAUUUCUGCCGAUGACAGUAGGGUACUACCUCGUGCCUCCUUCACUGGUGCAGUUGAUACUGCUCACGCGCAUCAUCCACAUCCUGCGCCUUGGCAGAGGACCUAAGGUGUUCCAUCGUCUGAUGCUCCCUUUGAUGCUGUCCCUCCCAGCAUUGUUGAACAUUGGUCUUCUCAUCUUCCUUGUCAUGUUCAUCUAUGCCAUCUUUGGAAUGUACAACUUUGCCUAUGUCAAAAAGGAAGCUGGAAUUAAUGAUGUGUCCAACUUUGAAACCUUUGGCAGCAGUAUGCUUUGUCUUUUUCAAGUUACAAUAUUUGCUGGUUGGGAUGGAAUGCUCGAUGCAAUUUUUAAUAGUAAAUGGUCUGACUGUGAUCCUGAUAAAAUUAACCCUGGGACUCAGGUCCGAGGAGACUGUGGUAACCCCUCAGUUGGGAUUAUUUAUUUUGUCAGUUACAUCCUCAUAUCAUGGUUGAUGAUUGUACAUAUGUACAUUGUAGUUGUCAUGGAGUUUUUAAAUAUUGCUUCUAAGAAAAAAGCCAAGACCUUGAGUGAAGAUGAUUUUAGGAAGUUCUUUCAGGUCUGGAAGAGGUUUGAUCCUGACAAGACUCAGUACAUGGACUCCAGCAAGCUUUCAGAUUUUGCAGCUGCCCUAGAUCCUCCUCUUUUUAUGGCAAAACCAAACAAGAGCCAACUCAUUGCUAUGGAUCUUCCCAUGGCUGUUGGAGAUAGAAUUCAUUGCCUUGACAUCCUACUUGCUUUUACAAAGAGAGUUAUGGGUAACGAUGUGAGGAUGGAGAAAAUUCUUUCAGAGAUAGAAUCAGGGUUUAUGUUAGCCAAGCCUUUCAAGAUCACCUAUGAGCCAAUUACAACUACUCUAAAACGAAAACAAGAGGCAGUUUCAGCUACCAUCAUUCAGCGUGCUUAUAAAAGUUACCGCUUGAGACAAAAUGACAAAAAUACAUCAGAUAUUCAAGUAAUAGAUGACAGAAAUGCUCGAGCUACUGAAGAAGGUAGCUGUGCUGAUCAAGCUAAGGAGAAGUCGUCUUUUCCAAGUGAGAUCUAAUUCCAGUUUUCACCUCUUUACCUUCUUCACAUAGUCCAAAAUUGUUAAAAGCUAAAAUAAGAAGCAGAUCAGAGGAAGUAGAGAUAAUAAUCAGUUGUUUACAAGCCGUGGACAUUAAUCUUGUGUUCACAACAUUCUAUGCCAAACUCACUUUUUUCCCCAAAAAAUGCACUUUUAUUUCUUCUUUUUGUGUUUUGUGCACAUAGGCCAUGUGCACUCACUGG